ACAGUGGAUUUGGCAGCGCGCAGGACAGGAGGAGACCUUUUACGCACGAGUCCCGUUCACGAUUAUAAGCAAUCGGCACAUUCGAAGUAGAGAGGGGACCCUGUUCUCAUGGUGGGUCGUUCAUCUUCCCGUCGAGGAGAGCGCGGUGAAGUGCGAGUUGAUUGAAUGGUACCCUUAGUCUCCAUGGAUUACGGACGGACCAUGGCCCCUCCGGUACCCCCGCACAAUCCCACAGAAACCCUGCCAGGGCAGGCGCAGGAGCGGCUGCUGAAGUGUGUCCUGCUGGGCGACGGCGCAGUGGGCAAAACCAGUCUGGUGGUCAGCUACACAACGAAUGGCUACCCGACCAAAUACGUCCCUACUGCAUUUGAUGACUUCUCAGCUGUGGUUCAGGUGGAUGGAAACCCGGUUAGACUACAGUUGUGUGACACUGCAGGACAGGACGAGUUUGACAAACUCCGGCACUUCUGCUACAGCCGGACUGACGCCUUGCUGCUCUGCUUCAGUGUGGUCAGCCCGGCAUCCUUUCAAAACGUCUGGGAGAAGUGGGUCCCCGAAAUCCGCCGCCGUUGCCCCCUCACGCCCAUCCUCCUCGUAGGCACACAGUGCGACCUGCGGCAGGACGUCAAAGUGCUGAUCGAGCUGGCGAGGCGGAGGGAGAGGCCGGUGCUGGAGGAAGACGCCAGGGCGCUUUCGGAAAAAAUUGGGGCAGUGACGUACGUUGAGUGCUCAGCGCUGACACAAAAGAAUCUAAAGGAGGUGUUUGAUGCGGCCAUCGCUGUUGGUCUGAGGCAGUUUGACAGGAGAGCGAGGCGGGAGAGAAAGGUCCGCAGCACGGCCGAUAAGAUGAAGAUGCUGUCCAAGUCCUGGUGGAAGAAGUACGUGUGCGUCCAGUAGGGAGUGAGGAGAUCCUGUGACUGAUGAUGAAACUGGAAAUGCUGACCUGUUGGUGGGGACUGGAUGUAAGAACUACCUUUUCAUUCCCCUGGACGACCCCAGGUGUGGUAGCCAGAAUACCUUUAAUUCAGUGGAGGGAGCAGUAGGUCAACAGAGGCAAAGUGUGCCUUCCGGAGCUGGAGAGCUUUUGCAGAAAUCAUCUUUGUUGAUGACUCAAAUUCAGAGAACAUGAGUCUGUAAACAUUCUCUGCUCCUCAGAGCCAGUCUGAACUGUUAAAUAUGACUGUGACCAGCAUUCAACCAAAAUAAAUGGAGCUAAUAAAGUCUAAUGGCACAUAUCAAACUGGACGUGUCGAAAGGAAACAUAAUCUGACUUAGAAGGGGAGGUGUCCAGACGGUGAUGUUAUGUACUCAAAGUGCUCUCCUCCGAUGUGUUUGAUUUGAUGACCUUCUUUAACAAAGUAUAUUAUUGUCUGUGUUCUACACUGUAAUUCCCCAACACUUCUUCUACAUUUAUUUCCCUAAAAUAAGAAUGUGAAGUUAAUAUAUACUAGCUUCAAUCUCCAAUCAAAGAUGCAAUAAUACUACUGUAUUCAAGCACCCUGUUUCCUACUGCAGAAGCAACUCCAGUGACCUCACGUUAAGUCUGGUCUGAAACUGAUUGCAUUUAUUUUAACUCAUUAUCUUUUGGAUUACAUUCAAAACAUUUUGAAAUCUGAUUUAUUGUGGAGUGUUGUUGUCUUGUGAAGGGAUUUCUCUACACCAGCUGUGCCACAUGUUGAAGUGUUGCUAAAGCUGUCACACUGCUAGUGCUCCUCACUAAUACACACCUUCUACAGUUGAUUGAUGCCACCAAACAUUAACAGAGGAAACCUACUGAUGCCUAUUAAUGUUGUUUACUCGAUAACACAUGCCUACUAUUCAGCUUUACCUGAACUCUUAAAAAAAACAUUGGGUUAGUUUCCAAACUUUAAUGUUACAAGGUUGCAGCAAUAAGUUGUGUGGUGCCACUGGACAUUGCACUUAUCAUACACAGUCCAAACACACCACUGAAGUCUUGCCAUGCAAUGGCCUUUGGAGCAGUGCUGGAUUAUAUAGAGCAGGUACAUUCAUCUGUGGGGCUUGAGAUGUAGGUUUGCUCAGUGUCCCUGAAACAGAAGUAUCUGAUCUGCAUGUUCCCUGCACCACCCACCGGUUUGGAUGAUCAUAGGGUCUUUCUUUGUCAUUGCAGUCAUGGCCUUAAACAGAUAAUUAUCCGUCUUCCUCACUCAGUAAAUUGGAGCGCUUUCCUCUUUUGAAAUUAUACAGUAAAUGAGGUGAAAUCACCAAAGAGACUGAUUCUAUGUUUGCUUCUUAUUUUUCAGAAGCCUGUCAUUCAGCUCUGUCUGAUUAUCUGUUUCUUCUGGGCCAAUAACUGAUCAGCAGCAAUACAGAGCAGAUGUAUGAAAUAUUGUAUGUCAUUAUGUAUGUUACAUAGUAAUCAUUUAUGAUGUUUGUAAUGUCAUCAGGAUAAAUCUACGUGUACAUAUAAGUGACUCAGUCAUUGGCUGUGUUGUCCAACUCUAAAUGGUACUUACAGUAUGAGUGUUUCACUAAAUGUCUCAUUUUUGGCCGGAGAGCAGUUUGUUGAGCUGAAUAAGCGGAACAAAAUAAAAUGUGAAAUAUUUAA